AGAGGCUUUUUCCCACGGUUGUCGUCUGCAUUAUAAUCGCCAUGUUUUUAAUUUUGUAUAUAAUAUAUUCAACAAUAUUUUAUUCUUUUGGGCUAAUUGCGACCGAAGGUGUAUAUUAUUUAUAAUUGUUAUAAAUAAAUAAAUGUCAUAUGUGAUAGAGAGCAUGGUUUUUUCUGAACAGAUAUCGACUUAUGUGAAUCUCAAGUAUACGAAAAAUAUACCAAUGGUUUCUUAAAUGCUACUGCGCCAAAAAAGGGUGAAUUUUGCGAAUGUGAUUUUAAUUUUCAAUACAAAGAGAAGCCUACACUUUCCUUUGAAAUAUGGAAAAUGAAUUUAUCUGGCGAAAAACAAAGUUGCGAAGGUUCUGUUCAAAUAAUAGAUUCCAGGUCAACAACAUGGAUUUGCGCAGGUUUAUCUAACGCUAAAAUGAGCUUUGGCAGUUCUUUUAAGUUAAGACUUUAUGGUAAUGACGAAAGAGGAAUUUUUCAAUCGAAAAUUUCAAUUAAUAGCAGCGAUCUUCAUGUACAAAUUACCUGUGCAACAAAGAUGAAUAAAGCUCCUGAUGACUGUGGUUGCAAACAAUACGUGUCGCCAAAGUCAGCUGGUUAUAAGUCUACCGACGAUACAAGUACAGCUAAAAGAGCACUUGUUGGCUCGAUGGCUGCACUAGGAUUCAUUAUUAUUGCUGCUCUUAUCUUUAUGUCUCAGUACUAUUUAAAGAAAAGAGAAAUGAAAGAAAAGAAAUUAGAAGUUAAAGACGGAGAGAUGGACCAUUCUAAUCUGGCCUAUGCGCCUAGUAUACCGACAAUAGCUAGUGUAAAUGAUGAACCGGUAAAAUAUCAACCGGAAAGACUUGAAAUUGGUCGUAGGUUAGCAGAAGGUUCAGACACAAAUUCAGUUACCAUGACACCAAUUGAACGUCAUAGAAUGUCUACAUCUCAGGGUUCUUUAUAUAGCUCACAGGAGAACUUUUCAGUUAAAAAUCAAGUUCUUCUAGAGACCGAUAUUUAA